CAGUCAAUUCUGACCCCAUAGGGCAAGAGCCUCUUCAUUUGUAGCCCCUUCUUCCCCCGGGGUUAGAGAACCCUCUCCCUUAUAGUCCCUCCUGCCCCAGAGAUAGACACUUUUCCUUCUUAAACUCUUUACUUCAUCUGCUUUCUCCGCUCUGGGGGAGAGUCUGUAUUUCCACUUCCACUCCAGAGAGAGAGUUAGCCCUCUUUUACACAGCACCCAAGAUGACCGUCAAACUUGACUUUGAGGAGUGUCUAAAGGACUCUCCCCGAUUCCGGGCUUCCAUUGAGUUGGUGGAAUCAGAUGUAUCAGAAUUGGAGAAUCGUCUGGAGAAGCUCCUCAAGCUCGGUUCUAGCCUAUUGGAAAGUGGGCGCCAUUAUCUUACUACUUGUCGAGCCUUCAUCAGUGGCAUUCAGGAACUCUCAAACCUCGGUCCUCCAGAGCCUAUGAUGGUUGAAUGCCUGGACAAAUUUACAGAGAGCCUGAGUCACAAAAUCAAUUGCCAUGAAGACCUCUUGAAUGCCACCCAACAGACAUUGAAGCAACAGAUCCAGAGUUUUGUGAAGGAGAGUCUCCGUGGUUUUUGGGAAGCCAAAAGAGAAUUUUGGAGAGGGGCAGAGUCCCUGGAGGCAGCUCUCAGUCACAAUGCUGAAGUCCCCCGGCGCCGGGCACAUGAAGCAGAAGAAGCAAUGUCUACACUGAAGGCAGUCAGAGCAGGCUACCAAGGACGGGCCUUGGACUAUGUAUUGCAGAUCAAUGUGAUCCAGGACAAGAGGAAGUUUGACAUCAUGGAGUUUGUACUUCGAUUGGUGGAAGCUCAGGCAAUAUACUUCCAGCUGGGUCAUGAAGAACUGAAUGGGCUAGGAGUCUACCACAAAGAGCUGGGGGCCCAGUUGCAUAAGCUUGUCCUGGAGUCUGCACGGGAAAAAAGAGACAUGGAGCAGAAACAUGUGCUGCUGAAGGAGCAGGAGCUGAGUGGAGAGGAACCUGAACCAGGCUUGAAGGAAGGACCAGGGGGGCUGGUCAUGGAAGGACACCUCUUCAAAAGGGCCAGUAAUGCUUUCAAGACGUGGAGCAGACGCUGGUUCACCAUUCAGAACAACCAGCUGGUUUAUCAGAAGAAAUACAAGGAUCCUAUGACUGUGGUUGUGGAAGAUCUUCGACUGUGCACAGUGAAACUCUGCCCUGACUCUGAAAGAAGAUUCUGCUUUGAAGUUGUCUCCCCCAGCAAGUCCUGCCUCCUCCAGGCCGACUCAGAGCAGCUUCUUCAGUUGUGGGUCAGUGCUGUGCAAAGCAGCAUCGCUACUGCCUUCAGCCAGGCCCAGGAGGACAGGGGCUCUCUAGACCAGGGCCCCUGUCACUCGGCCUCAGGCUUAGCUUCCACCUUAGCUUGUGGAGGAGCAUCCAGGGGUACAGGCCGAGGGUCCAGUGUGGCAGGACGUGUGGCAGCCCAGGUACAGAGUGUAGAAGGAAAUGCCCAGUGCUGUGAUUGCCGGGAACCUGCACCAGAAUGGGCAAGCAUCAAUCUUGGCGUGACCCUCUGUAUCCAGUGCUCCGGAAUCCACAGGAGCCUAGGGGUUCAUUUCUCCAAAGUCCGAUCUCUGACUCUUGAUUCCUGGGAGCCUGAACUGGUGAAGCUGAUGUGUGAGUUGGGGAACGUUGUCAUCAACCAGAUCUAUGAAGCUCGAAUACAGGAAAUGUCUGUGAAGAAACCUGGACCAACUUGUUCCCGGAAGAAGGAUCCUAAGAAAGGAAGACAUUUGAGAAGAUUAGGAGCCCUAGGAUUGCAGGGGAAAAUGAUCCUGUUUUCAUCCUUCCCUCUUCCAUUAUACUUCCCCUCAACCCCCAUAAGGCAGGAGAAGGAGGCAUGGAUUCAUGCCAAAUAUGUGGAGAAGAAAUUUCUGACCAAGCUGCCUGUGGUCAGAGGACGAAAAGUGGGACGAGGCCACCCACGAGGGCAGCCUCCAUUGCCCCCUAAACCCCAGCUUCCACCCCGACCAGGGAACCUGGGGGCCAAACCAGCGCUCCCCUCUGGUGAAUUGGGAUGCUUACACCCUGGGGCCUUGCUAUUCUGGGCGGCUGGGCCACCCCCAUCUCUUCCCACCAUGGCUGAUGCCCUUGCCCAUGGAGCUGAUGUCAACUGGGUAAACGGGGCACAGGAAAAUGCAACCCCACUCAUCCAGGCCACAUCUUCGAACUCCCUGCUUGCCUGUGAAUUUCUCCUCCAAAAUGGAGCAAGCGUGAACCAGGCUGACAGCAUGGGGAGAAGCCCCCUCCACCAUGCCACCAUCCUCGGCCACACUGGCUUGGCCUGUCUGUUCCUAAAGCGAGGGGCAGACCUUGGAGCUCAGGAUUCUGAAGGGAAAGACCCUCUGACCAUUGCCAUGGAGACAGCCAAUGCAGAUAUCGUCACUCUGUUACGUUUGGCAAGGAUGAGAGAAGUCGAAGUGGCCCAAGGGCAGGCAGGAGAUGAAACAUAUCUGGACAUUUUCCGAGACUUCUCCCUCAUGGCUUCUGAUGAUCCAGAGAAGUUGAGCCGCCGAAGCCACGAUCUGCACACACUCUGAACCAAAGAGCUAGAACCCCAACCUCCUCCCUUUGGAAUCAUUCACAUUAAAAUGCUCUCUGAGCUACCAA